CUCGGAACUCGGAACGUGUCCGUUGUAAAUCCAGCCCUGUUUUCAAUCCGGAUUUGAUUUGGACAACUAUGCCCGAUGGUUGCGCUAAUGAGGUUCGCCAGGUUGUGCAGGCUCUUUGGAUUCGGGAACGGCCCCGCUGUCCAACAGGAGGAGCAGCAGAUGGACUGUGGCGCAGCGACCAUUGACCCCACUGAUACCUCUGUUUCACAGGACACAAUUACCGGAGAGGAGGGUCUGAGUGAGGAGGAAAAGGUCAAACGGCGAGCAGAGCGGCGUCGAGCCAAGAGGAAGCGCCGCCGGGAGCGACGGAAGCAGGAGCAGGUGAAGCAGAGCGAGAGUGCUGAGCAGGAGGAUGAAGACGAGGACGGUGGCGGCGAGUCCGACUUGGAGGAGAGCGAGUCGGAAGCGGAGGUCGCCGGCGAAGAGGAGAGGAACGAGCCAAAAGAGGAGGAAAGCGCAGAGAAACCGCUCACCCCGCACAAGUGCCCCCCUGUCCCCGCCAUGGCUUCUUCAGAGAUGAAGGAGGUUCACCAGCCCCAAGACGGGCCCAGUGAAGAGGAGCCAGAGUGGGACGUGAGCAGUGCCUUCUUUGCUAAUGCCGCUAGCCAUAUCAAACCCAAAGGCUCGAGUCGCAGGUCUAAAGAGAACAAGGAGAACGAGGCCAGGAGAGAGAUGAAUGGAUCUGAUGCUGUGACCAAGAGAAGUGCGUCACUAACAGAAAAAGGGAUCAAGCUGGUAAAUGAAGGGCAGUACGCUUUGGCAGUCAGCAUGUUUACAGAAGCCAUUAGAUAUGACCCCAAGGAUUACAGGUUUUUUGGGAAUCGUUCCUAUUGCUAUAUCUGCUUGGAGCAAUACCCUCAAGCCCUGGCAGAUGCAGAGCGGUCUAUCCAGCUGGCACCAGACUGGCCAAAAGGACAUUUCCGCAAGGGCAGUGCUCUCAUGGGCAUGAAGAGAUACAGCGAGGCGGAGAAAGCCAUGGAGCAAGUGCUGAAGUUGGACAAAAACUGUGAUGAGGCAGUCAAUGAGCUGUUCAACUGCAGAGUCCUGCAGUUAAUGGAGAUGGGUUUUGAGGAAACACAAAGCAUCCAAUUGCUAGAGAAGUUCUGCACAGUACAAGCUGUCCUGGCUUCUUGUCCUGAGGCUUGCAGGGUGGGGAGCCAAGAGUUCUCCACAGCCAACCUGGGCCCUUGUCCAUCUUUGUGGGUUGGAAACGUGACAACGGAGCUGACUGAGAAACUCUUAUGGGACCUUUUUAAAACAUAUGGUGAGAUAGACAGCAUCAGGGUAUUACACGAGAGAUUUUGUGCCUUUGUCAACUUCAAGAACGCCGAUAUGGCAGCUCGUGCCAUGGACAAACUGAACGGUUAUAGUAUUGAGAACACACGUCUGGUAGUGCGCUAUCCCGACCGCCGCACUCAGAAGGUCCUUCCAGUACCACAGCAGGCUGGGGCAACUGCUGCUAGCAACAGGCGGAGCGGCCCGGUCAAUGGAGACGAGUGCUACUUCUGGAGAACCACUGGCUGCCAUUUUGGUGACAAGUGUCGCUACAAACACAUUCCCGAUCAAAAAGGCAAGGACAGGAAGCCCUGGCAGCCUUGAGGACAGCUUUCUCUUUUUCCUCAGCGUUGUGUGGGAAACGGGGUAGCACGGACCGGGCCAGGGGAACUGAUACUGAACAGACUACGUUCUCUUGACUGAACUCAUUAAGACUUAUUGAAAGGACCAGAGCUGUUUUAAGAUAGGACCACAGCCGAUAUUCGGGUUCUAAGGGAUACAGCGUAACCUCAGACACACAGCCAUUUCCCCUCCACCGAGAUGAAGGGGGAAGCUGAGCUGGCCGUCAGUUAAAAUUGUUAAGGCCCUGUUGUGGAUAGGAGCAAAAAAAAAAAAAGAGUAUCUGCCAAAUAAUCUCAGAUAUUAAUGGGAAACCUACUCCUUUUAGAAAUUCUGACUCAAACUAGUCACAUAUGAGAAUAUCUUUUUAUUUUAAGUCUGCGAUUUCACUUACUGGAACGAGUUGACCCCCAGUGUUGGAUAACCUAUUUUAUACUUUAACUGGCUGCUAAAUCUAUGUAGGAUUACAGCAACUGCUUAAAUUCAACUGUUUUGCCUCAUUUACAAAGGGUCCUCGGUGUUGGAUCUGUGACGCUCUGGGCGAGGAUUCGCCACAGCCCUCGACUUCUGUUUUAGGUUUAUGGCUCAGACUGGAGCUCUCAUCUCGGCCUACGUCCCGCUCUUUGUUCACGUGCCAAUACCGCCCGACCAAAGACCCACCAGCAGAGACUGACUUUAAUUUUCAGUUCCUCCCAAAGCCAGACCAGAUCUCUCAUUCAGCCAGCCGGCUGCAGCGGGCCCCACAGAGGUACCCGGAGCCUGUGCUGUGGACAACGUUACAGUAAAUAUGAUCGCACACAAAGACAUGCGAACAAUAAGUGACACAAGACUCUAGAGGGAACACAAAAACAAAACUUGUAUUGACAAAUGGGUUCAAUCUGUUGUUAUGAUUGUUAUUGUUAUCACUCUUCACGUUUUUUGCAACUACGGUUUUGGUUGUCCUUUGUCAAAAUUGAAUACACACUCUUCAUGCCUACUCAACGGUUAUUACACAGCAGUUACGUAGAUACAUAUCUGCCAUUUUGACUUUCAGUAGGCCCAGCUGGAGGACUGAAGAAAGCAUUCACUAAAAAAUUGGGUUUAUGUUCCUUUGCUUAAUAUUAAUAAUCUUCUACAUUGGUCUCUAUGGAUCUUCCCUCCGCCCUGUGGCUUAGAGGAGCGAGGGAGGCUCAGUAGAGCACUCGCUGAUGUUACCAUUUACGGAAGAAAAGCCCCUUUAUAGCUUUCUUAAAUGUAGUUGUUAUUACAGUUGUAAGAAAGCUUUAUUGGAGCAACAUUUUGCAUACCAAAGCAUCAAAGAGCUUUGUAUGGAAAAGCGUGGGAUCUUGGCUGUAACACACACACACACACACACACACACACACACACACACACACACACACACACUGUGUGUGUGUUUGUGUGGGAAAACUUGUCAUAGUUUCUUUUUGUAGUGUUGACAUGGCUGGGGUGAACUUUAUAUAGUUGUCGUGAGACACAAUGCCUUACAAAAAACAUUCAAACUAUGGGGGUCAUGGUUUUUUCAUGGUUCACCUAAUGAAUGUCUGUUCUUUGCAAACUAUCAUAUUUUUUGACCCCGAGACCUCGAACAGUAUUUCACUGAACCAAAGAUAAUUCAACAAAUGGCCCCUUAUCUGCAGUGGAAAAAAACAGCAGUGUUCUUUCAUAGGGUGUGAAACACUAGACAGUGCAUUAUUAAAACCCGCUGGCUUAGGCUGCAGUUUCCACUAGACCAGAACAGAGGGCCACAUGCACCUUGUUUAAGUCCAGUCCACACUACGCUUUAUCCUAAACUAUGCAUGGCAUAGUUGAGAGCUAUUUAUGUUUCUAUUUAUACUGAUACUUUGCUUUCCUUUCUUUCAUGUCACAACACGUUGUAGUUUGUUCUCAAAGAAACCCCUAUGUCUCCCCUAUGGAUGUUGCAAAAUGUACACAUUUUGCAACAUUCAAAAUGUGUACAUUUUGCAACAUUCAAAGUGUAUACAUUUUGCAACAUCCCCUCUAUUUUACUUUAUUUAGCGUUCAUAUCCGAGGCAUUUUUAGAGACACCACCUUUUUUUUUUUUGUCCUGAGAAUUUAGUAGAAACACUGUCACAUGCUGCAUUUCUGCUUUCCUGUGGGUCUUUAUUUUCAUCUUUGUCUUUUUUUUUGGGGGGGGGGUGAAGACAGUCUUAGGACAGCACUAGCUGAUGAGCCAGUCUCUUUCUCAAUCUCAUUGUGACUGAUGCUGGCAACUUUUCAUUAUGGUGCUUUAGAGUUUAUACAGAUUUACAAAAAUAAGUUUUUGAUUUUUAACAUGCACCGGAACAUCUUUUAGUACACCUUGUGUAUCUUUUCAACAUUAGAUAAAACAUUUCUUGCAGUUGGACAUCAACCGUUUAGCAUGUGAUUUCAGUAAAGCGGCUUUUUUUUCCUCCCAGUUCAAAACGGUAUUUUAGUAAUUAUAUUGUCAAUUGGUUUAACUUAAACAUUACAAAUGUUUUUUCUUAUUCUACCAAAUACUGUGUUUUCAAUUAUUCUAUGCUGCACUGCCAAAAAGUCAUUUUUGUAUUUAAUAAAUUUAUUUG